AUGCCGAGACAGAACUUCAUUGGCUUGGUGGUGUCCCAGGGCAAAAUGACCAAGACCGUCAAGGUCCGUGUGCAGUCAAAGGCCUACGACAAGAGGGUGCAUAAAGACAUCUUGAAAAGAAAGGAUUAUCUCGUGCACGACGAGGGCGAGCUCUGCAAAGAAGGCGAUCUUGUGCGGAUCGAGGAAAUCCCCAAGAUUUCCGCCCGCAAGUACUUUGCCAUUGCGGAAAUCAAGGUCAACAAGGGUUCGCAGUUCGAGCUAUACGAGAAACUAGCCCGCGAGAAGGUGGCGGCGGAGAACACGCAGAAAAUCGCCGAGUUCUUGGGCCGCAGGGAGCAGUUCGAGGCCACGAUCAAAAAGGUCGAGGACUUGAAGACCUUGGACCGCGUGACCAAGGCCUUCCACGGCGAUCCGGCCGCAGACAAAAGCGCCAUUCUUGCCCAGGUCAACGAGAUCAAGGAGAAGUACGGAAUCAUGUCGUGGCCCACCACGGAGCCUGUGGUGGAGCUCGAGUUGAACGAGGCCCAGCGUGACUUGUCCGUGUUGGAAAACCGCUCGGCCAACAUCUCCGUUAUUUUGGACAAGCUCAUGGCGCCUGAGCACACGGAGCAGCGCACCCUGAUUUUGGAAAAGGUCACUGGGAGCAAGUAUGGCGACGUGAACGAGCUCAAGAAGCCUGUGCAGAAGAACCUCUUGCGGAAGUAUGUGUUGGACCCACGUAACGAGGUGCCCAAUGUUCUUUGA